ACAAGCGCUACAUGUCUAAGCUCAGGAUCAUCAAUAUGAAAACAGCCCAUGAUGUUUCACUUUGUGCCUUUUAUUUCUCACCAACUUUCAUUUAACUUAUAUACUGAUAUUAAUUCAUUCUCGUCGAGGCGCUCGUGAAGCAAACGUUUGCCAAGCGGAAGUUCGCGCGGUUGGAAAUCUGAAAAAGAGUCGACAAGGCUGAACAUUACCUAUUUAUUGUUUAAAGUGCUUCGGAGCAGAAUAGUAUUUUGGAAAAUGGACACUCACGUUAAGGAGGGACAACUUUAUGUACAACAUCUGAAGUUUGGGAAGAAAUGGAAGAAGAACUGGUUCGUACUCUUCCCAGCCAGUCAAAAUGGCAUUGCACGGCUAGAGUUUUAUGACUGCUCGGGCAGCACCAGCGAUAAACCUAGCACUAAGAAAAUGGACAAGAAGAUCAUUCGUCUCUCAGAAUGCAUCAGCAUACUCCCUGCGGUCACUGAAACCUGCCCUAAAGAAAACAUGGCCGCCUUCUGUGUUGAGACCAAUGACAAGACAUAUGUCUUUGCAGCAGAGAAAUACAUUACCAAUGAGUGGGUAGAGAAGAUGUGCGAGAUCGCUUUUCAGGGAGGGAGUUUUUCUCUUGGUAGUUCUGAUUCAAAUGGAAAGCAAGAGCUUCAAAUGGCAGAAAAUCUCAUUUAUUACUCCAGAGAAGAAGUUAAUGAAUUUUGGGUGAGUGUCCAGAGGACAGAAGCAUCAGAGCGCUGUGGUCUCUCUGGAAAUUACUGGCUUAGGGCUAAUAUAGACAACCUUAUCCUGAAGGAGCCCAAGACUAAAAAGGAUUUGCUGGUAUGGCCCUACAAACUCCUCCGUCGCUAUGGAAGAGACCGGGUUAUGUUCUCUUUUGAGGCAGGGAGACGCUGUGAAUCUGGGCCAGGGAACUUCACCUUCGAGACAAAGCAGGGGAAUGAGAUAUUCCACAUUAUUGAAGAAUCCAUCCGUGAGCAAAAAGCCCAAGCUGAAGAGCGACACCAAAGCUGUCCAUCAUUAGAUGGUGACUGCCAAGCUCUUCUGCAGAUUUGUUCUGCUAUUUCAGAUGGAAACAUUCGUGAACCAGAUGGUGAUUCUGGUGGCAGCAAGCCUGGUUCGGCGGAUGGUGUCUUUGGUCGAAAGGAAAAUGAUGGGAAAAAUGUAAAAGGCCGAAGCCUCCCAGAGCCUCCUACCCCAGUUGGUGGGACCCCACCACGAUCGCCCAUGCCUCGUGGAUCCAAAAGUGGACAACCUUUAGAGGACAAGGGGAGCCUGUACUCGGAGCCUGCUGACUCAGUCCGUUCUCCACCCAGUUUAGGAGAGUGUCUGUACUCUGACCCGGUGGAUAGUAUCAAAACCGUCAUACGAACUCCCAGCCCACGCCUCAGGCCACCUGUUGAUGAGGGGGAGAGCCGCCCCCAGGGUAUCAACCACGACAUCUAUGAUCAGAUUAGUCUUGACUUGCUGCAGAGGACAGGGGCAUUGGGACUUGAUGGGCGAAGCAGGCACCCUGCUGAUGGUUGUCCAACAGAGCACAUUUAUGAUGAGCCAGAGGGACGUGCAGGACCUCCAAAAACACAGCCUAUUACCACUCUUUACGAUGAAGCACGGUUGGACAUACAUGCCUGGAGAACCAGGGGAUUGGAGGAGCCUCAAAUUCAUGAGGUUCUCUACAAUCCCAAUGUGGAUGAUCAUUCAGUUCCUACUUUUGGCAAGGCUCUCCAACCAUUGCAUGUACCCAGACCUAAAGGCCUCAAGCCUGUCGUCGCACCAAAGCCAAGCAAAGUAGCACUUCCCAAAAAAGACCAUCUACCACUGCCUCAAAGUAAGGGCACUGCUAACCUGAACAACAAUAAUAGUAGCAGCAACAGUAAGGGGUUGACAGGUGUUGUGGUUGACAGCAGGGGUGGAGGAGUCAUUAGAGGAGGUGGUGGUACUGAAAGGGCAGGUAACAAUGUGGAGCUUUACAGUAAAGUCUCUAGACAUAGGCUUCCAGCAAAUGCUUGGCAUCCUAUCAUGCAAACUUCAGACAUCAUCUAUGAUAAUUUGGGUGACAUUUGACCUAACACUUGAAGACAUUUAGGAAAUAUGUCCAAGGGAGACAAUGGUACUAUAUACCUGGACAUUUCAUUAGCCAUUUAGUCAUUGACCAUAGCUAAUACUAAAAUGACAUUUGAGGCUGUAAAAACUGACUUUGCAAUAAUGGUGGCUUAUAGAACUACAUAAAAUGGACCCCAACAACAUUUGUGUGGAUAAUUCCCUUUGAAAGGGACUGUAAUGGAACAUUUUGCACUUCUCAAAUUCUCAAAUUAGUCCUGUGUGGUAAAACCAAGUCUGUGACUUGCAUAUCAGAAUCUGUAAAAGAUUAUGAAGCACUUGUCAAAAAAUCCCCAUGUGAGAGAAUGGAGUGUUAAGUGUUGUAGUCUAAACAUUAUCUAAUAGUUCCAAAUUAAUGGUUAAUGUGCUGUGACAAAAAGGUCAGUCAUUGCACAAACAAACAUUACGUUGCAUGGAGAUUGUAGCAAGGAGGAUACUAAUCCUCUACUGUGUGUGUGCAUGCGUUUGUGUGUGUGUGUGUGUGUGUGUGUGUGUGUGUGUGUGUGUGUGUGCACGUGCGUGCAUGAGUUGGCAUCUGUGCUGUUGUUAAAUGUGAUAAUAAAAUAUUAUAAUAAAAGAGUCCCAAGACUGUACAUGCUCUUACUUUUCCACUUGCAAAAAUAUACAAGUAUAUGCACUUCCAAAAUAAAAUCUGGACUUGGUUUGUCUCUUGAGUUCCUAAGGAUGCAUGAAAUUAACCUGAAUGCCCUAUCCUUCAUUCUCAGUCCCGUAUUCACCUCGUGUUCUGUUGUCCUGAACUGCAUUUGACAGCUGAGGGAUAAUCCUGAUGCAAACUGAAUAUUAACCAUCUGUGUAAAAUAGGGGCCUUAUUUCAAAUGGCAGUUAAAUGUUGGCUGUGUUAAUGUGUCUGCCUGGCAGGGUUUGAAGGUACAUACUGUUCCCUGUCCUGUUUUAUUCUCUUUUGUCCUCACACUCAUUUCCUUAUGUCCUAUCUCCAGUCUCCCCCAGUCUUUUCUCCCAUUGUUUAAGUUUUUUAUUUUGAGCAGACCACCAAAAUCUGAUCUAUUCAUCACAUUGCUUUAUUUAUAAUAAAUUAAUCUGCAGUGCAGGGCUUUUUAGCAAAAAGAUUACUUUAAUUUAGCCCAAGGUCUGUCCUACAGUUUACUACUAUACUUUGUAUGCAGGAUUAUGCACCAGGCAAGCUGUAACUAAUAAGCAUUAGUAGGGUGAUUUCCUGAAAAUCUAGUAAUAAAAAAUGUGAGGUGCAGUACGCUAGAAAAAGACAACCAAAAUUCAAGAAGUGCCCUGCUGCAGACCUUCCUCACAAACCUCAUUAAAAAGCCUUCCUCACAAACCACUACAUUAAAAAGCAGAUUACUCUUAUAUAUUAUGAUAAAGUGCAUUGACAACACAUCUUUUCUCUUUCUUCUUAGAGAAACAGUUCAUCCCAAAAUUUAAAUUCUUCUGUAAUCAUUAAUUCACCCUCCUUUUGUGUUCCAUGGAUGAAAACAAAUCACACAGGGUUUGGAACAACAUAAACAAAUUCUGAAAAUUUGAAGUUUUGAAUGAACUAUCCCUUUAACACUGUUAAUUGGCAGUCAGUAUCAUUUUAAUUUAGAUUCACUGGCAAUAUUCCCACUAAACUGCGUGCCUGCACUUCGGAUGUUGCUCCCGCACAGAUGAAAAAAACAUCCGGGCAGGUGGCGGACUUAAAGGGAUAGUUCACCCAAAAAUGAAAAUUCUAUCAUCAUGUACUCACCUCAUGCCAUCCCAGAUGUGAAUGACUUCGUUCUUAUGCUGAACACAAAUUAAGAUUUUUAGAAGAGUGUUUCAGCUCUGCUGGUCCUCACAAAGCAAGUAAAUGUAUACCACAUUUUCCAAGGUCCGAAAAGCACAUGAAGGCAGCAUAAAAGUAAUCCAUACAACUCGAGUGAAAAAUCUAUAUCUUCAGAAGCGGCAUGAUAGGUGUGGGUGAGAAACAGAUUAAUAUUUAAGUACUUUUUUAACUAUAAAAUGUGGUGUCCAGUAGGUGGCAAUAUGCACAAAGAAUGCAAAUCUCUAAAAACAAAAGAAGAAGAAUGUGAAAGUGGAGAUUGAUAGUAAAAAAAGUAUUUAAAUAUUGAUCUGUUUCUCUCCCACACUUAUUAUAUAGCUUCUGAAGACAUGGAUUUAACCACUGGAGUCAUAUGGUUUAGUUUUAUGCUGCCUUUAUAUGAUUUUGGGCCUUCAAAAUUUUGGUGUGGCAUGAGGGUGAGUAAAUUAUUUGAGAAUUAAAAUUUUUGGGUGAACUAUUCUAAAGGAGUGUGUGGGAAAACCUAGAGAUUUUCCUGAAUCAUAGCUAAAUGCAUGCACAAUGUUUCAACUGGAGUCCAUAUGAAUGUAAAUUUUUUCCAGUAUGGAGUUAAAGCUUUGAGUGAAAUCUUGUAUGUAAACAAGGUGGAAAUACUGAGUUGUGAAACAACACAUACAUAACCGCAUUUAUCGUGAGGCGUGAAUGCGCAAGUGUGGAUGCGUGCCUGAAUGGUAAAAUGUGCUUCAUGGUCAAUGCCUAUUCUUGAGUGAUUAACAUAAACAGUUGCUUAAGUCUUACAUGAAUUGCAAACAGGUGCAACAAAUCAGGUAUGUUUCAAAAUAUCAGAUGUGUGCUAAAGACUUUGCAGUAUAAAUGCACUUAUGCUGCAUAAUUGAUCUGCAGCUGUCUGCUAUGUUGAUGGCAUGAAUUAAACAACAAUAUU